CAUGCGAAGACGGCCACACGGGCGACCUGGUCAGAUGCUAUUUGGCGGUUGGCACCGCUUCACUUGCCAGUGUGUUUCGACUCGUUUGUCUCCAGGCCGAGUGUGUGUGUGUGUGUAGUGCAGCAAAUUGUAACAGAAACAGAAACCCAAAAACCCCAAGCAGCAGUGGCGUAAGGAACAAACAGACACCGAGGGAUACAAAAUAAAAUAAAACACCAAUCAACGUAACAACAGAAUCCAAACUGACGCACGGGGAGAUUUGGUAGAGUAAUAUAAUACAAAAAAAGUACGAGUGACAGCGGGCACCGAUUGAGGCAGAAACACACAAAAUUUUUUUGUCGAAUAGCCAAUAGCAAAAUACACAUUAUUGUAUCAAAUAUAUAACCGAAGCCGAUAGCGAUUAGAGCAUCCCGUCGUACCUGGCCAUUGCAAUUCAACGAAAAACAAAAUUCUUACAUAGAAGACGUUAAGUCACAAUCUCCGCAAGUCCAUAACUGGUCUACAAAACAGAGAAACAAAAUUUCAAGAAAUUGGUGCCGCAUUUUGUUCCGCGUUGCUCCCCCAAAAAUUAAAAAAAAAAACCAACAUCCCCCGCAGAUCCCGUGGCAACCGCAUCAUCACCGCAAGAACCAACAUCUCAGGACCCAGAGACACAAAAUUAAAAAUUUAAAAAAAUAGUUUCAUAAAAUAUUAGAAACAAAAAUUGAACCCGAAACCGAAAACUCCAAUUUCGUAGCGGCAGAGGCAGUUGCGGCAUCCAUGUGUGUGCGUGUGCGUGUGUAAGGUGUGGUGUGUAUAGAAAAUCGAUUGGAAAUUGAAAUCGAACCAAGCGCGCCGCAGUUGCCGUCUCCGCCGCGUGUGUGCCGUUACGCGAUUUCUUAGCAGCAGCAACAGCAGCAGCAGCGCCGCCGCAGCAGUUCAAGUCACCUCGCCGCAAAAUUUUUGUUAAAUUUGUUUUUUUCUGUGAGCCCUGAAGUGUGUGAAAGGGAUAUAUAUAUAUAUAUACAAAUAUAUACAGAAAGGAGAAGAGCUAGGGAGGAAUACUGCUCCCAUCUCCUUAAAAAAGAAUAAAAUUUCAAAUAAAAACCCUGUAAAAAUAACACAAAAACAUCGGACAUGGAUAAAUCAGCGGCCAAUUCGGCCACUACUGCCGAUGGCCAAAACGAGGCAGCAACAGCAGCAGCAGCAUCCUCGGCCGGCAGCGCAGCUGGGUGUGGCAGCAACAGCAACGCCGGCACCACCAACAGCAGCAACAAUACUGGCGGCGGUAGCAACGCCUUGCAGCGCUUGGCAACAACAACAGUGGCAGCAAGUGCCGCAGCCGCAGCAGCCACUAUCAACCUGAACAUCAGCACCAGCACCGGCGGCAACUUUGGCGUCAGCGUCGAGCCGCACAUCAGCAUCGAGAGCCUGAAGAAGAUUAUUGCCAAAAAGCUGAAGGUGGCCAAGGAUCGUAUACGUUUGUUGCAUCGCGAAAAGGAACUACAGGAUGGCACACUUAAAAAUCACAAUCUAAUGGAUGGAUCCAAGAUAUUUUUGAUACCAAAUGUGGAAACUGGUCUAUUGGCUCAGCGUCCAGAAAACACGGUUAUGCAGGCGCUGGAAUUGCUUAACGAAUCGCAGGUCAACGACUUCCUGAGCGGCAAGACGCCCCUCAACCUGAGCAUGCGCCUGGGCGACCACAUGAUGCUCAUUCAGCUGCAACUCAGCACGGUCAAUCCGGCCUCUUCCGGCACAGGCAGCAGCAGCAGUAGUAACGGGGCAGUAACCUCCUCGGCCUCCACCACGCCGGCAGUGGGAAGCGGGUGCUCUACAGCAGCUGUGACGGCAAGUGGCGGUUCAGCUGCCACCUCUGCCAGCGGCGUGCCAGUUCUGGCCGUGGGCGGAGGCGGCGCGUCAUCGUCGUCCUCUGGCUCGGGAUCUGGCUCAUCAUCGUCCUCCUCCUCGUCGUCGUCGAGAAACCGCUCGUCGGGACAGAGAGCCAGCGGCAGGAUCGGACAUGGACAUGUCCACAGUCAUCAGCAUCCCAGUCUGCAGCACGGGUCGUGGCAUGGCGGUCACCAUCAUCACCACGGGCACAGUCAGGGUCACGGGCAUGGCCAUCACAGUCACGGGCAUGGCCACGGCCACUCCUCCUCCAGUCAUGGACACGGCCAGCAUCACCACCAUCAUCACUACCAUCACCACCAUCAUCACCACAACGCCUCGGCCGUGGCGGCCGGCAGUGGUGGCAGGAUGUCCUCAAGCUUGCGCAAGCUGUACGAAGACAAUGCCUCCGGAUCGAACUCCACCGCUGGAUCGGCUCUUCAGAAUCCAGAUCUGACCAAGCUACUGAUCAAGGGCUGCCAGAGCAUUGUCGAGAACCUGGCCAAGGACAAGACAUCGUCCACGUCCGGACAGACUUCCUCCAAGAACGGCAAGAACUUGAUGGAACAGUCGCCAAUCAAGUCGCUGUCGAACCUGGUCUCCAGUCCCAUCAAGAUGACGGCCAUCAAGACCAUUCCUCAGCCGGUGGCCAGUGCUGCUGCUGCUACCAACACCAGUUCCACAACCAAUUCCACUUCUAAUUCCAGCUCCUCCGCUGCCGCCGCCGGAUGCAGUUGCUCCGGCAGCGCCACCACCAACUCUUCAUGUGCCACCGGCGGUUGCCAGCAAGAUCCGAUUGCCGCCAAACUGACAUCCUGUCUGUGCACCCGCCUACCGCCCACGCCGCUCCCCCCGCCGCAGGCAGCCCCCGUAGCAGCACCUCCACUAACGCGAUCCGGGUCCGGUUCCGGGGCAACACCCACCAUCACCAGCAGCAAGUGCCCCGACGCCAGUUGCACGAACGCCGGCUUCGCUGCACGCUCCAUAGGGCCGGGAGCAGCGGGCGUGGUCUUCUCCGGCAACUCGAUGCUCCACAAGACGGGCAACAACCGGAUCACGCGGCUCAAGCACCGCCACUACCAUGGACACGGUCACGGGCACGGGCAUGGAGGACAUAGCCACGGAGGACACGGUCACGGGCACGGAAACGGACAUUUCUAUCAAGCAACCGGCGGCAGCGGCUCCUCAUCAACAAUAUCAUCGUCUUCCUGCUCAUCCUCGUCCACUACUGCAUCAUCCUCGACCUCGUCGCGUCGCAAGCUGGAGCAGGCUAUGGCAGCAGGUUCUGCAGGAUCAGCAGGAGUGGCAGGGGGGGCAACAACGGCCUCUGCCACAGCAACAGCGGCAGUGGGGGCUCCUCCGGCCAUUUCCGAGCCGGACGACUCGACUCUGGGCGUCUCGGACACUCGCACCUUGGCGGAGGCCUCUCGCAAUCUGACCCAGACUCUGCGCAAGCUCUCCAAGGAGGUCUUCACCAACAAGAUCGAUCUGUCGGGAGGCGGAGGCAGCUCCUCGGGCAGUGGCUCCUCCAGCAGCGGCUCCUCCGGAAGCGGUGGCAACUCGGGCAGCUCUGGCAGCGGCAGCGGAUCCGGUCACAACGGCGACGAGACGCCGCGGAAAGGCGGCUCCGGUGCCGUCAUCGAGUCGAUGAAGAACCACGGCAAGGGCAUCUAUUCGGGCACCUUCUCCGGCACCCUUAACCCGGCGCUGCAGGAUCGCUACGGCCGGCCCAAGCGCGACAUCUCUACGGUGAUACAUAUCCUGAACGACCUGCUGAGUGCCACGCCCCAGUACGGGCGGGGUGCCCGCAUCAGCUUCGAGGCUCCCAGCAGCACAGGCUCCGGCUCCUCGGGCUCUGGCAACUCCAGUUCUGGCUCCGGCAGCUCCGGCUCUGGAUCCAGCGGCAGUGGCAUGCACCACGGCUCGCGCAGUAAAAUGUACUCCAAGCACCACAACUGCGCCAAGUGCAACAGCCGCGCCCAACAACAGCAGCAACAGCAGUCUGCGGCUGGCAACGGAGUAAGCUGCUCCUACCGCGACUGCCAAGGCUAUCACUCGUCAUCCUCCUCUUCCACGUCCUCGAAGGCAUCAUCCUCGUCCUCAUCCGCAUCAUCCUCGAAGCCGCACAGCUGCUGUGUAGCAGCCGCCGAGGCAGCCGCCAACAACGGCGGCUGCAGUUGCCGCUUCGGACGCGACGGCGAACGCGAACACACCUGCCAGAAGUGCACCGUGGAGCUGGCCAACAUGAAGACCCGCUCCAAGAUGGACCAGCUGCGCCUGGUCAUGCAACAGCACAAGCAGAAGCGCGAGGCCCGCAAGCUCAAGAGCGGUCCCUAUGCCACGCCCGCGGCAGCUGCCCAGGCGGCGGCUCAGACCACCGGUGGCAGCACCACUUCGGCUGGAUCCGGUUCUGCCACAGCGAUGCAGUACAGUGCCGUUAGCGCCCUGGUGGCCAACAAUGAGAAGGGCAGUGGCAGCGCCACCAACAGCGGCAAUCCUGCAACAUCUUCCGCCACAGCAACCACGGCCGCGGCCACAACCACCACCGCCACCACAACAGCAGCGGCGGCCACGGCGGCAGCCGGAAGUGAAGUCUCGCCGAAUCACAUCGUCGAGGAGGUGGAUACGGCGGCCUAAGGUCUAUCCCUAAGCUUGAUCCUAUUUUGUAGCAUUUACUAGUUUAACAACAAUAACAAUAUGAAGAAGUAGAAGACGAGGUUGAAACGGCAACAACAACAUCAUCAUCAAGACAACACCUUCAAGGACUAAACCGAAACACCAUUGGAUUCGCAAGUGCAUCAAAUAAGACUAAAAAAUAGCAAACUACAGGACGCACACGCAGACGUAGGCAAAAAUAAAGUAGUAGGAUGUGAGAUGUGAGGGCAUCCCUACGUAAAAGGACUCUGUUAAAUUAAUUUUAAGAAAAGAACAGCUAUAACAACAACCCACUUACUCCGAAAACCCCAACUUCGAAGGGUAGAUCGAGAAACGGAAACCAAGAGAUCCCUUAACUAUUAAUUAAUAACAUUUGAGCAUUUUUUGUGUAAAACUGAGCAAGAUUGAAGACGAAGGAGCAUGUUUGUUUAAGAUCACACACGUUAGAACAUGUUUGAACACGAAUUUAUGGCCUGAAAUGCUAUAUUCUUCGCAGAAAACCCGUUAGAGCAUGUUUAAACAC